GCUUUCUGUUUUUCCUGAGGUGAGUGUUGGGGUUUGUUGCCUAGGAGUCCUUGCUAGGCUCAGGCACUGCACUUCUAGAGAAGGCUGUCGGCUUCGUCCCUGCUGCCUCAGUGGAGGGAGACAGGGCGGCCCCUCCGGGACCGGGGAGCGGAGGCUGCUCACGGGCCGGUCCCGGUCUUCCUCUGGUGCCUUCGCUCCCCCAUGCCUGCAUCGGCGCCUUGGGAAAUGGAGGCUGUGGAUAUGGGCGGCCGGAUGGAAGGGACGCCUCUGUUCUCGACGCCGCCCAAACCCCAUCUGCUCAUUGGGCCACAGCUGCUUACUGAGCAGCUGUGUGCCAGUUCCUGCUCUAGAUUCCGGGGAUGCAGCGGUGAAUGAGGUGGGGCGUGGGCCCCGCCCCCAGGAAGCUUUCCGCCCAAUGGGAAAGUCAUGUAUUAAUCAAAUCUGGUUAUUUCACUCCACCUGCCCGUGACUUAGUGCAUGUAGAUCGAAGACCAAGUUCUUGACGUGCACAAAGUGUGGCUUCGUCCCUUGUGACUUCUUCAGCAUCAUCUAACAGCACACUCUCCCUUGACCGCUACUACAGUCUUCUUGAUCCUUCACUACUAGAACAUGUCUUUUGCAAUUACAAACCUCAUGGUAUGAUGUGGAUUAAAAAGUACAUAUUUAUACACCAUUAACCCAGUGAGCAUUCACCUUUGCCUGCUAAGAGGGAGCCCAGGUCAUGGCAGCCAUGCCUCUGAAAGCUCGAUACGAGGAGAUGGUGACCUUCGAGGAUGUGGCUGUGCACUUCACCAAGACAGAAUGGACUGGUCUUUCUCCUGCCCAGAGGGCCCUGUACAGAAGUGUGAUGUUGGAGAAUUUUGGGAACCUGACUGCUUUGGGGUACCCAGUUCCCAAACCUGCACUGAUCUCACUUUUGGAGGGAGGGGACAUGGCUUGGGGCCUGGAAGCACAGGAUGAUCCCCUGGCAGAGACGACCAAAAACGUCUGUAAAGAUGUUGAGACCAACAUUGACAGUGAGUCCACAUUAAUCCAGGGAAUUUCUGAAGAAAGAGAUGGGAUGAUGUCACAUGGUCAGCUGAAGAGUGUCCCUCAGAGAACUGACUUCCCAGAAACAUGUAAUGUGGAAAAGCACCAGGACAUCCCCACAGUGAAAAAUAUCCGAGGAAAGGUUCCAAGAAUCCCCUGUGCAAGGAAACCUUUCAUAUGUGAAGAGUGUGGGAAAUCCUUCAGCUACUUUUCUUACUAUGCUAGACACCAGAGAAUCCACACUGGGGAGAAACCCUUUGAGUGUAGUGAGUGUGGAAAAGCCUUUAAUGGCAAUUCUUCGUUAAUUCGGCACCAGAGGAUUCACACUGGAGAGAAACCCUAUCAUUGUGAGGAGUGUGGGCGAGCCUUUAAUGAUAAUGCAAAUCUGAUCAGGCAUCAGAGAAUCCACAGUGGGGACAGACCCUAUUACUGUACAGAGUGUGGGAAUAGUUUCACCAGUAGUUCCGAGUUUGUUAUCCAUCAGAGAAUCCACACUGGGGAGAAACCCUAUGAGUGUAAUGAGUGUGGCAAAGCUUUUGUUGGUAAUUCACCCCUACUUCGGCAUCAGAAAAUCCACACUGGAGAGAAACCCUAUGAGUGUAAUGAGUGUGGCAAAAGCUUUGGAAGGACUUCCCAUCUAAGCCAACAUCAGCGUAUUCACACAGGGGAAAAGCCUUAUUCUUGUAAAGUAUGUGGACAAGCCUUCAAUUUUCAUACAAAACUAACUCGGCACCAGAGAAUUCACAGUGAGGAGAAACCCUUUGACUGUGUAGAUUGUGGAAAAGCCUUCAGUGCUCAGGAACAAUUAAAAAGGCAUCUGAGAAUUCAUACUCAGGAGUCUUCGUAUGUAUGUGAUGAGUGUGGAAAAGCCUUCACUAGCAAAAGAAAUCUUCAUCAGCAUCAAAGAAUCCAUACUGGAGAGAAACCCUAUGAGUAUAGCAAGUAUGAGAAGGCCUUUGGGACUUCUUCCCAGCUAGGUCACCUUGAGCAUGUCCACUCUGGAGAAAAGCCUGUGCUGGACAUUUGUCGUUUUGGCCUCCCGGAAUUUUUUACCCCCUUUUACUGGUAAUAGUACACUCCAGUGAAAUGUACUGAGUGGAUUCCAUCUUCUACUCAGGAAUGGAAUGUAUGACACAGGCCUGACUCAGCCUCUGAUCCAUCCCUCAAGCCACAGUUACUGAUUCAGAUGUCAGUAGAUGACCAAAGAUGGUCCAAUUAGAGUCCCAGGAUUGCAAGAGCUAAUAGGAAGAAAUACUCCCCCCGGCCCACCCCCAUUGGUUUUAACGCUGAGAAGAACUCCUAGACUCUCACAGAGGCGAGAAUGAAGUCCACGCAGCAAAAAAUGCAUCUGAGAAUUGGAGAGCAGUCAAAGACUGAAGAUAAUGUUUGAACAGCCACGUUAAACCAUGCCUGAAGCUAAAAAUACAUACGGAUUUUUGAAUUGCAGCAGCCAAUAAAUUCCAUUUUUGUUUGGUUGGUUUUGGCUUUGGCACAUUUGAGUUAGGUUUUCUUCCCUUGGAACAGAAUUUUGACUUAAACAGUGUUGUCAGUGUAGCAGUUGUUUGAAGUUUUCAGGGAUAAUGUACCCGAUGGAGAAAUGUUUUGUAUGUAUGAUAUGUGGGAAAGUCUUUAGUUAUAGUCAUGGCAGCUCCUAAACCCCAUGAUUGUGAUGAGAUUGGGAAGCCCAUUGUAACACUGGAGAGCCCAGGUUAUAUCAGACACCACCAGUGGAUAGAAGUUCUAACAACUUGAGCUCUGUAACAAAAAUCUCAUUGUACUGCAAAAUUACGUCUGCAGCAGUGAGUCCAUUCUCAAGAAAAGUCUUAACUAGGAAACUAAAAGCUUUCACUCUUAAAGCUUUCAUUUUCUGUUUAUUCAGUUUUUUAUUUGGAGUGGAUGCUACUCUAGGCCUUAAACUGAGAAAUGCCAGGCUAUUGUAGCUAUUAUAGCUUGGUAUUUGCCAUUUUAAUUCCUAGGACAGCAUGCCCGCUUUUCCCUUUGACCUGGCUAGGGAGCCAAGGAAAUGCCAUGGUUCUCGGUCAUAAGAUGCACUGCAGAUAUCUCUCAGUAGGAAAACAGAGCUGGCCCUUUUCUUUGGUGAUGAACGUAAACUGCACCCUUUUUUUCUCCCAUGUGCCCUUCUGCUGCCAGCCAGUGUUGGAAUCUCCCUACCCAAUUCCAGACUUAAUUGUCUACUGAGUCUAGCACCUGGGUGGCUUCAUCACCUCUUUCUUACUUGUCAGCAGAUGAAUGAGCAGUUGUAUCAUGUGCUUGGGUUGACCAAUGAAUGAUAGACUUGGGGAAUUAAGUAAACACUUUUUAAUUGAAGUAUAACACAAACAUAAAAA